GUAAUGGCGAAUCAGCAAAUAAAUGCGAAUAGUUCUAUCCCCCUUCCCAAAAUGCAUACAGAACCCUCUAUGAGUCAACAAAAGCCGUCCAUGGCAGCGAGCCAAGACAACAGCCACGUCCUGAACAAAGUAUUUGGAGGAAAGUUUUCACGAUACCUGGUCGACAAGGAGACGGUGAAUCAUCUGUCAACCACUGCUAUUGGAAAUGAAGAUGACGAAUACCAUCAAAAUUACGUGAAACGAUUGCGAGAAGCACAAGCAGAGCAGAAUAAGCGAAUUCAAAAGCUGGCAAACAUGGAAAAAAUGAUCAUACAAGCAAGAGCGAAAGCUUUGUCGCAUUACGAGCGACAAGUAAGUGCAGGUAGUCCAGUAAUGAGUGCGAGCAACUACAUAAGCUUCAUGGACAACCAGAUGUUGCGAGAAAGUGGACUGAUUGUAGCUGAGGAUUUAUUCUCGGAUCCGUACGAGUACAAGAAGCCGGAAAAGCCCACGAAGCGUCCGAACUACACUCGUUCUACCACUGGAUCACGAGAGAAAACGAGACCGGUGCCAAGAGAUGAUGGCUAUGUCCAAACCAUGCAAGCCAUACUUGCAGCAGGUGAUCGAUCUGUGGAAGCUGGAUCGCCUGAACCGAGUGAUUUCCAGGAGUUCAUGAGACCAAGUACGAUGUGGGAAGACAUGCCGAAUGCGGAGAACCGAGAAGAGGCGAAAAAGUACUUGUCUAUUAUGAAUGCUAGACAAGAGUAUCUGAAGAAUCCGGCUAAAGACAACAACCUUUCUCCAGAAAGCGCCGAGUAUCACCAGUCCCCGUUCACAGCUGUCCCCGCCAAGCUAGUUUUCACCAAGUUCAGAAUCGGCCAAGGUUAUGAGAUAACUCUUGAAUUGAAGAACAUCUCGAGCUGUCAGCGCAAAUGUCGAGUUCUUCCACCUAAGAGUAACAAGUUCAGUGUGAGUUUGGGAUCUUUUCCAACUGACGGAGGAUUUGUAGCUCCUGGACUGUCCAGUCUUUAUACGGUUAAUUUUGUCCCGGAAACCCUGGCUGACUGUGACGAUGAGCUGAUCGUUCAAACCGACGGAUACUGUGACAUGAUUGUCCCGUUGCAAGCCAGGCGACCGCCGCCAGUAUUGACCCUGAAAUCUGUCAUUGAUGUCGGCCACUGUCUUGUUGGAGGAGCAAAAUUGUCCGAGUUCUCAUUCAAAAACGAGGGCGGAGACGGCUCUUUCUUCAUUCUUCCCAAAUCUAAAUGGCCGGCAACUGGGUACAAGAACUUUGUACAAGGCCAGCGGAUAAUCGAAGCGCCAUUCGAAGUCCGCCCAGCUAUGUUCUUUGCCCCUAAAGGAAGCACAAUUCCGUUGGAAGUGCUUUUCCUCCCGAAGAGUCUGGGAAAGUUCACGCUUGAUGUUUUGCUCGUGUGUGAUAAUUGCAACAUCCGGAAGGUUACCCUGGUAGGCGUGGCACAAGAAGCAAAAGUCGAGCUGACUCAAGUAUCUGAUGGAUCCCUGGUUGAACCCACUGUCGACGAAGCGAUAGAUCCGGCCGCUCAGAAAUUUGUCAAGUUCCCGCCGAUUAACCCUAUGACCUAUGCAGUACGCAAGAUGACAAUCAAGAACAUGACACAAGUUGCGAUGAGUUUUUCUUGGCAAAUCAUGAAACCACUGCUUGUUCCACCCUCAGAACUUACCAAAAAGGGCGAAGACGGACCAAAUGAGAAGGGUGAUGCAAAGAAAGAAGAAGUUAAGGAGAAAGACAGACAAUGGGAUGUAAGUUCGCCGUUUUCGAUCUCACCGAACGCGGCCGAAUUGCCAGCUGGAGGAGAAAUAGAAUGCUCGGCUAUAUUCGCAGCUCCUUAUGCCAAAGAGUUCCACAACCUGUUCCAACUGAUACUCCACAAUGUGCCUAAAGUUCCAGAAGUUACAACUGAAGAAAGUUUGUCUGAAUCAGGUCAAUUGACAGGAAGAAACACUAGCAAGAGUUCGAAGCACGCAACUGACGGCAAGUCGGGUUCAAAUGGAAACGCUAACCAAAUGCCGAUCACUCUUCGCGACGAAAUCGGCUUGCUAGUCGACGUGAAAGGAGAGUGCCUGCCGUAUAAUGUAUGCUUCGUGCCCUACUGCAUCGACUUUUCCGGUAAAACGCUUCUAGGAACUACAGUUCGUCGACCGAUUCAGAUCAUGAACAAUAGUUUGGCUCCGGUUUAUUUCCGAUGGAGACCAGUACAGGCAGAUGAGAACGAAAUAAUCGAAGUGGAACCCUCGGAAGGCGAAAUUGCCGAAGGUUAUUGGGCCUCACUUGAAGUCGCUAUCUCGCGAAACAAACCAGGAAAAAUAGAACGUGAACUUAUCUGCGAAAUUGAGCACCAGGAGAAAGCUCCUAUGAGUCUGAAGCUAACUGCCGAUAUUGUUGGUCCAGAAGUUUCGAUUGGCUGUGAUAAAGUGGACUUCGGACUUGUGAGAGUAGGUGACCCGUUGACAAGAAAGUUCUUAAUCACGAAUAAAUCUUCGAUUGCAGCCAAAUGGUUAUUCGACAUUCCGAAUAAGCCUGCUGCAGGUCUUCAAGUAUUAUCACCUGCUGGUGUUUUACCACCACUGGGGAAAUCGGAAAUCGAGCUCAAAUACACACCGAGCAAGGAAGAAAAGUUCGAAUUAAUCGGUAAACUGAAAGUGGAAAAUGGACAGGAACUGUUUUUGAAGCUAGUUGGUGAAUCGCAAACUCCGACGUUGUGUUUGCUAAACUGCGAAGUUGAUUUGGGAUUGGUAUACAUGAGUGUACCGGUUUCAACCCACGUGCAGUUAUGCAACAUGACUGAUUUCGCGACUGCAUUCAGGUGGGGUGAAGUAACUGGAGAAGACGCCGAGUUCUGCAAACUGAAAAUAUUUCCAGAAACUUCGAUCAUUGAACCGAGGGAAACGCAAGACAUCGAAGUUCAGUUCAUGUCGACCAAAAUGAUGGAGUUCAAUGAUAUAUUUUUGCCAUGCUUUGUCGAAGAGGAGAAACCUAUUUGGCUGGCGCUUAAAGGUCGAACCUCAGGACUGGCUGUUGAGUUUAAAGUCAUUGAUAGCGACGGAACUAAUGGAGGAAGUGAUGAUAUUAAAUCAGAAACGGAGUUCGACUUCGGAGAUGUGACCUUAGGAGAGGUCAAAGUUCAACAGUUGCUGAUUCGAAAUACGACUGCGAUUAUGGCCGAAUACAAGCUACAUGUACAGAACUUCCCAUCUGAGCCAGUACCUGAGCGUGUAGACCGAAGUCUGAAAGCGGCCUUGAAGAAGGGCGAAAGGGUGGGGCUCUUAAGACAGACUCCGCACUUGGCAGAUCCAUAUAGUAUCACGCUGCCGAAAGCUCUCGAAGAAUACAACACGGCUGUUCUGAAAAGCAAUCACGGAGUUGCAUAUGUGAUCGACCCUGCGCAAGGAACUCUUCCGCCAUUUGGAGAAGUUGUGAUCGCACUGGCUUGCUACUCGGACAUGUGGGGAUUGUAUUGUGAUACCCUGAUAGCUAAUGUUGGAUCGCUCCCUCCGGAGCAUAUUCCAGUCAAGGCUAAUAUUUGCAACGGUAGUCCAAUAUCCUACCAGAUCAUGGGAGCUCUGAAAGUUAAAGAGCCUAUAAUGAGAUUUGGAACCAGAAUCCACGAUACUGAAACAGUCCUAAGGUCGGUUCAAGUAAACAAUAAUGGACCUGUUGAUUUGAAAGUGUUCUGGAGUGCCUGUGAUUAUGAUCCUAAUGAGAAGAAGUUGGUUAAUCUGGAGUUGUUUUCUGGCCGUCCAUUGGGGGAUGAAAACUUACUGAAUGCGAUUACAGAGGAUGAAUCGCCAGAAGCUACAGCUCGAACGGACUUGCAAAGUGUAGCUGAAAGCGAAGCUACUGAAAUUUCGUCGCGGGAGUUGGAGCUUCAACCUUUUCUCUCAUUGAAAGUUCUCUGCCACAACGGAACUGGUGACUCUAAAUACUUCAAGAUAGAGCCUGAGCAAAUAGUGAUUCCGGCGAGAUCGAGUGUAAAACUCACAACCAGCUUCAUUCCUCAAAGUCCGAAUGGAUCCGAUGUGAAGUGUUUCGGCUUCUGUCAGGGAUUCAUGUCGCUGGACGAGAAGAGUCGCAACAUGACAGGGGUCACCCGCUUGGACCAAUAUGACGUGGAUCCGGUGCGCUUUUUCAUGAUGGGAAACAUAAAACCGGCUAGACUCACUAUAGAACUGGACGAGGAUACUCCAAUUAUGGGGACAAUCUGUCUUGAAGGGACACCAAGCCAGCUCAUGGACCCUUCUGGCCAAAUGAAGGAAAUUGCUUUUUCUAAGAAGCAAACGCUGAAGCUCAGUAAUCCGACGGAGGCGCCAUUGACGUUUGAGAUGUUCUUUCCUGAGUUUAUCUCAAUGUGGAUAAUGGUACGAAAAGGAAAAACUAAGACCUGGGAAGCCAUUUCGGAUCAAAUGUUCAAGUUGGAACCGCAACAUCACUACCAGUUCAACGUCGCGUUGCGACUUUCGAAGUUGUUCAUUGAUGACUUGGUAAGGAGUUCUUCUGAUGAAAAUUUGGAUAGCGGAAUUGAGGUAAAAAGCAGCUCGGGAGGUGGGAAAAUACUCUCUCUCAACGACUGUAUCCAGAUACACUACUCGAAUGGGGAGAAAGAAGAAGUACCGAUUAACAUUACGCUCAGCUUCCCUAAUUUUUUCACGACGCUCCAAAUGAAAUCCGAGGACGGCGAGGGUGAAAACGAACAGAUUUUGUUCGAUUUUGGAGCUCGAUUCAUUGGAACUGUUCACACGAAAGAGAUGGAAAUUGUGAACAAAACUAGCUGUGGCUCAUAUUGGAAAAUAGGGGUCGAAACGACACCUGCUCUGAAAAAUCCAAGAAAAUUGGAUGAUGGGGUCUUCAAAAUUACGCCAGCUAGCGGGUACUUGGGUCCCUUUCUGGCAGAUGAGAAAGCCGCGAAUAAGCAAUUGAUCGAAAUCUCGUUCACGAGUGGAUCUCAAGAUUACGUGGAGAAAGAGUACUGCAUCAAAGGGAAGUUCGGAGAGGAUCCGAUCUUCUUCAAAGUGUGCGGAAGUGGGUCCCAAGAUGGACACUUUGAGCAGGCAGAUUGAAGUAACGAAGUGAGUUGCACAAAAACAAUGUAUUGUACAUAUCUAUCUUAAACCCUUUCAAAUCAAUUUAAAGAACUGAAUGGUUAAUAGCAAAACCAGGUCCCUAUGUCGAAAUCAAAUUCUGUAAAUAAUCGAAUUCAAAUACCGAAUAAUUGUAAAUAAAAUUAUAUGUAUACAU